GUGCCUCUGUUUGCAUGCGCCACAUGGUCGCUGCGUGCGCACGCGCUGCAGGCUGCGCUCGUGCUGUGUCGCCUUUUAUUUUGUUUUUGUUUAUUUUUUCUUUAUGACAGAUCGUUUUCUAUCGUUUUUAUUAUUGUGUCGACGCAGCGAUACGAAGCACGUGCACGCUAUUGUUGUAUUUCUUUUGCGUUGCUUUAUUAUGGUGCGCGAGGCUGGUCGGACUGGUUAGGACAGACUGGCUGGACUGGGUUAUUUCCACUGGUUUCCAGUCUUCCCAGCAGACAGUGAGCGCGAGAGUUGAACAGGGCGCGUGAAGAGUAGUGUUGGGGGCGCACAGCAAUAAAGAAGAGACCAAAGAUACGGACUGGCACGCGCCACAAUUCAGGGCAUUGAGUUUGCAGAGGAAUCAUCACCAGCAGCACAGUGGCUCCCCCCUCAGGCCUGUCGGAUUACUGCAGCCCCGGUACUAGAGGUGCUGCAUGGCCACAGGCCCAACACACAGCAGCACGUAUGAGCACAGCCGCAAGGUGAACUCACGAUCAGCAGGCAGCAGGGUCACACAGGCGACACAUGACAUGGAGGUCAAAGGUCACCUGAUCACUGGACCUGAGCUGCAGGGCUGUAUGGACAGUAAGCAGCAAGCCGAGCGGAUGGUGGAGCUGCAGGAGAGGCGCAGGGGUCUUCAGGCUUUACUCAGCACCCGCCUGGCUGAACUCAGACGAGUGUGUAUGCAGGAGGCUGAACUGACUGGAGAGGUUCCAACUGAGUUUCCUCUGGAGGUGGGAGAAAAGCCCCCGCAUGUGCGGCGCAGGGUUGGCUUGGCCCGCAAUGGCUCCAAACACCAUCCGAAAAGUGAGGAGGAAGAUGCAUCUCAGAGGAAGACGAAGAAGCCUCUGUUCAGCGGCGCCCUCCGCAGGCACACGGACACAGAGCAGCAGCCGUCUCACGGCAAGAGGACGGUACACAGAGGAUGCCACACUGACAACACAGUGAAGUCAGAGAGCAGCUCUACCUCAGACUCCACCAGUCAGGAGAAUGAGGACACCUCUGAUGGUCAGUCCCCCUCUCGACCCCGGCUGGCCCCGGGGAGCCCGGACAGCAGGUUCUGUCGUAAACUCUCCCCAGUGGAGAUCUACUACGAAAUGAGAGUACGCCGCAACUCAGUGGCCAGUUCAGCCAGUCCGAGUCGUUCUCUCCCGAGGAGUAUGUCUAAUCUGGAGGGGCGGAGCGUUCCUGCAACUCCCCUGCUGACCCGCAACGGCCCCAACGGCGUUCAUAUCAGGUCUGAAUCCUCCAGCGGCUCUACAGGAACAAAGCAGUGGUCAGACAAUCCAGAGGUGCCUCAGCCGGUGCCCGUCCCAUCUCAGGAGGGGUCUUCCCCAGCGUCCUACGAGCAGAAUGGCUGCUCUUACAGCGCCCAGACUCGCCGAAGCAACAGCUCAGAGGCGCUGCUGGAUCGUAAUACCAACCCCGGAGUCGAUGAAGGAGGUCAAAGGUUGGGUCUGCCUGCCCGAAACGGGCCGUAUAAAAGUUCAGAGGCUCUGCAGGACGGACGUCUGAAACAGGCACAGCGAGACAGCCCUGAGCGGCAGGUGAACGGGCACGCCGAGCUGUCCCGGGUCCGUUCGGUUUCAGGUGGGCGCGGGGUUAAUGGCCCCAGUGGAGGCUACAGUGAGAUUCUGCUGGAUUAUGUUUGGGGAAAGCAGCAGAAGAUGCAGCAAGCCCAACAACAGCAGCUUCUUCAGCAGAGACUUCAAGCUCAGAACAGUGUUAAAGGCCGGGCCUGGCCCGAACCCCCCUCAGGAGCCCCCCCGCCCUACGUGAACGGCUUCCCCCAGUCCCAGGCCCUCAUCCUGGGCUCAGGACCUCCAGCCUACAGCCCUCUGAUGCUGCGAGGAAAACCAGGCGAGCCUCGGCGGGUCAAAGUGUCUCGUACCAAAUCCUGCGGACCGUUCAUUCCCCUCCAGCAGCACCAGCAGGACACUGUCGUGAUUACAGCCUACGGCGAGACGUCUACGACCAACAGGACUUCAGGUAUGGGGCAUUACAGCCAUGCUGACCAGACACUGGGGCAGUACCAGCCACCCCUCAGACCCCCCCACUACAGCGCAGAGCCCCCUGCAGGCCCCGCCCCGGACGAGUCCACCCGCAAUCUCCACAAGGCCCUGGCACUGGAGGGCCUGAGGGACUGGUAUCUACGCAACGCUCUGGGCCAGACCAGCGUCAGCGCAGGGAAAGCCCAGGAGGUGGCGCCGUCCCAGCGCAGACGCACCACCGCCUCCCUGCACGGGUCCCACCCGCACCCGCCUCUCAAACACCAGCCACAGUCCUUCCAGGGCGACACGCCGUACCCAGUCCAGCUGCCCCAGUCUGCCACCUUCCACGGACACCCAAUACACGGGCGGUCAGUGGAUCUCUCUCCAUAUCAGGACAGCUUUCCCUCCAAAAUGCAGGACCUGACUCUGAAAGACAUGAGCAAUGAUAGACCCAGCCCAGGCACACUGGUCUAACACUUUACACAUUUACACACACAUUUACACACACACACACACACACACACACACACACACACACACACACACACACACACAUACAGAAAGACUGCAUCACCACCAGCUGUAUGGAGCGGCACACUGAGAGGAGCGUGUUUUGCCUAAUUUUGCAUAGACAACACAGACUUGAGCUUUUUCGUCUCCCAGCAGCUCCGAUCUGAACACCCAGCGCUCUCCUCACUAAUCACUGAAGCUUCAGGGGAGAAGGAACUGAUAUGGACAGAACACACAGUUUUUACAUUACUAUCACAUACAAUCCAUGAAGUUUUUUCCUUUUUUUAAUCAACAAUUCCAGAUACCAAAUUAUGGCUGUGACCUAAAUGGAUGUCUACUCCCUCUUUAGUGAUGAACUACUGUUUAGUUUAUUAAGGAAGUUUAAAUCUGGAACACAAAUGUAUUCAGACACUUCCUGGUUAUCAACGUGCGCCAUACACACACUAAAACACACACACACACUAACUGAACUCUGAAUUAGAGAAGCAUGUGGCCAAUAUGUUGCUGAGCAACCUAUACCUACUGUUAAUUGUCUUUAUGGGCAAAUAUGUAAAAUCUAUAGCAUCCAGUGGCUUCUGAUUUUUUUAAGACUUGGUUAUAAAAGCAUAACUUCAGUCAGUUCCACACUCUGCAGCUUAACAAUAAACUACUACUAUAGCAAUAGACUUACAAUUUAUUCUGGGCUACAUUCAGCUCAUAUAAAGAGCUAAAUUUGUCACGAACUAAUUUGAACCGAAAAACAGAUUUGAGCUACAUUUAUGCCAAAAUGUGUGUUGUGUCCUUUACUGUUUUAUGGAUGCUGUCCAAUUUAGAAAGCACAUGGAAAAACAUUAUAAAUGUAUAAAUUAUAAAUAAUUGUUGCACACAUUUAUUAUAACUUAACCAUCACUUAUUUGAAUGAAGUAUGUCAAAAAAUGUGUUACGACUUAAACAAAUAAUCUGCACUCCAAAUGUAAAGAAACUGGAAAAGACAGAAUUCUAAUUAGAGUAAUAUUUUUAUUCAUUCAAUUACAAUUUAAAUCCAAAUUAAGUCAAAAGGAAUAGUAUAAAAUAGUAAAAGUAAAAAAAUAUCAGUCAUUACAAUAUUAACAUUCAAAUUAAAAGUGAAAAUAAAACAAAAUGAUAUACCGGAUGUCACGCGGGGAUGAGACGGGAGGCGGAUUUAUAAGCGGGUAAGAACAAUACUUUAAUAAAUAAAUAAACAAAUAAACAAACAGGGGAAUCACGAAUAAAUAUAUAUACAUAAACAAACAGGGAAAACAAACAAAGAGCUAAGCUAAACAGAUAAGUGGCUAAACUAAACAGAUAAUAACAAAACAGGGCUAGGGAAUAUAUACAAAGGAUAAAUACAUAAAUAUAUACAAAACAAAGAAUAUAAACAAACAAGAGAUAUAAACAAAUAAUACAAACUAAACAAAGAACUAGAAACGUGGAGAAGAGCAAAUACGAUACGUGGCAAAACUAAGCUAAGACGUGACGAGACAGACAACAUAGGAAGGUGCAAAGACCGACAGCAAACGUAGACUAACAGGUACUAUUUAUACUAAACAUGAAACAAUGAACACCUGGGGAGACAGGUAACGAGGGGCGGAGCUACAAAUUACACACACGUAAUGGAAAAGUACAAGAGAAACACACUAGGAAACGGGGAAAACACAGGAAAACAUAGCGAGGGCGUAACACCGGAAAUGACGUACCUUUGUUACACAUACACAUACUAAAUCAGGAUUUAAAUCCAGUUCAAAAUGAGUAGUGACACCACUGUUCAUAUUAAAAUACCAAUGCAUUAUGGGAGAACGUAGUGCCCAAAAAUUAAAAUCACACUCAGAUUCCACUUUGUGAUACACAAAUUAAGAGAAAAAUAUCUGACUUACUCAACAGUGCACUAAACAGUGCGCUAAACAGUGCGCUAAAACUAAACAGGGAACGUAGGAUCCAUCUGGGUCACAGCCUGUGUGAGGUGGACAGCAGUUUGGAGUUAGAUGUUGGAGAAGAUCUUAAACCUGAAGACCUUAAUAAGGUAGCACAUUUCCUUUUAAACCAUGUACUGUACGCUUGAGUUUGGAUUUUGUUUGUUUGUUGUACUAACGUCACUUUGUUUCGUUGAAUCUCUCGAUUAUCUUUAUUCUUAUCAAAUCAGUGUUUCGCUUCAGGGUUUUCCUAUAGAGUCUCCAAAUCAGGCUUUCAGCUUCAGCACCCUUUUAAUGAGUCAGGAUCUUUUCAAUAAUGCUUUGUACAAAAAAAAAACAACAACAGAGAUUUCUAUGCAAAUUACAAUCAAGAUGACUAUGUUUAGACAAAAUAGAGAUGCUAUCUGAUGAAUUAUUCAUAUGCUUAAUAUUUUGUCAUACAGAUUUGAGUAGCAAUUAAGAAAUAAGUAAAAAAAAAUAUCUCCUCUAAAGAAAAUACUCAACCAAAUCUUAUUAAGCAUUGUAUUCUUCCCUGGGCUGGAUGAUGUUGAUGUUGAAGUUGAAGAUGUGCCACACUUAAAAAAAAAAUAAAGGUGCUACAAAGGCAAAUGCAUUUACACUGCAGUUAAAGUUGCGUAAUUUUUGCGAAAAGUUUUCUCACCAAAAUAGGUUUUUAGGUUGUUUUUAACUUUUUAAUGUGACCAAUAUGCAACAUCCAUCUGAACAACAUUUAUGUAAAAGUCAUGUGACUUCUGACAUUACUCAUUACAUAGUGUUAUGUGAGUUGCAGUGCCAGAUAUCCUGGAUAGCAUGAAGAAUCGACCCGAGCUCAGCUGAAGUACUUUGCCAGAGCUUGAGUCGAUUCUUCAUGCGAUCUAGAAUGAUUACAAUAUUAUACUCAGUAACCGGGUGUUGAUAUAAGCUGCUUUAUCUUAUUCCCUUAUAAUAUUCAGCAACCAGCACAUUAGCACGUGCAGAUCUGGUCGAUUCCCAUAUCAUACUCAGCAUCCGGUGUGUAGGCUCAUACUGUUCGAGCCGAUCAUUGUAUUGUACCCGGCAAACGGGGUGUUGGUACAUACAGCACAGGAUAAAUCUCGUAAUAUAUUCACUAAACUUUAAAAAAUGACAGAUUCAGGUUCCAUUUUGUUGUUCACACUGCAGUACAGAUCAGUGUCGCAUAUGAAGAAGAAAAUCAGAUUAAAUUGGAACAGAUUUGGGCCACUUUUACCUGCUGUGUGAACAUAGCCUAAGAUUUGUUUGAUGCUAUAGAAUAAACAUUUUUGUAAAGGAGAGGUGAGUGUGAAAAACUUUGAAAUUCCAUUUUUGAAUUUUUGUCUUUUUUUACUUAACAUAAUGUGAUUCUUGCAGUGUUUCUUUACUUUGUGUUUGUAAAUGAAUGGACCAACAGAAAUAUUCCAAAAUGACUUGGAAUGAAAUCUUCAUACAUUGACUUCCAUUAAAAGUGAAGGUUUUUUUUACUCACUGAAAAAAUAGUUUUACAAAAUGUUAUUUUUUAUUAAACAAAAAAUGUCCUUCACUAACAGACCUAUUGUAGCACCUUUAUACACAUAUUAAGAGUGCACUAAAUCCAAAACACUCUCUUUUCUGAAGCCAAACCAGUUCUCUCACCCAGCUGUUGUGGUGGGAAACAGAACAGUGUGGAGCACAAGGUCAGAUCUUCAGCUGUGUGUAGAGAAAACAGCGCCUGUGUUUAUAUCAGUGUUACCAGAUCUGUAGAAGAACCUGGAGAAGCUUUUCUCAGAACUGUCUGUAAUGAGCUCCUGACUUUUAAUAACCCAGCAGUGACCUGAGAGUUCUGUCAGGAGUGGACUGUGGACUUUGAUUGAUUGGUAGAGAUGGUGGAAAUAUCAUUUAUAAAAAAAAACAAACAUAAAAACUGACCUUUUCUGUUCAUUUACAAAUUCAGCAGGGAUGCUACUCGAGUCUGCUGAGUUUUCUGUGGUAUGAUUAUGAUGGUAAAAUCAAUGUAAAUUCAGGGACUAUUUGCCUUACAGCAUCCUGCAUGUAUCCUUCCACCAUGAACGAAUUUUAAAUUAAAAAUAAAUUUAAAAUUUAAAUUUGAAUGUUUUCCACAGUCCAUGCUGUUAUAAAACCACAGCUCUCUGACCAGCACCAACAAACACCAACCAUCAAACAACAAACUUCUCUUUUGUGUAGAUUUAUAUGCUUUUUUUUUUAGAUUAUGGAGCAUCCCACCAUCCUGACUGUUCAAGAAUUAUUCUACAAUGUUCCAUGGUUCUCCCUAUUCACACUGUUCUAGAAUGUUCUUCCUAAAUCAGAAUGUUCUAGAAUACUGUCUGUCCCUCAUUCAUAACAGUCCAGUACAUGCUAGCAGAAUAUUAUCUCCAUUCACACUAUUCUAGAGUAUUCUGCUAAUUCACACUGUUCUAGAGUAUUUUACUAAUUCACACUGUUCUAGAUCAUUCUCCUAAUUCACACUGUUCUAGAGUAUUCUUCUAAUUCACACUAUUCUAGAAUAUUCUCCCUAUCCACACUGUUCUAGAAUGAUCUCCAUUCCAUGAUGUUCUGGAGUAUUCUAGAACGCUUCCCCAAAUUCAGUUUUCAGUAAGUGUUCUAAACUGUUGCUACCAUCCUCAGUGUCACCCCAUUCACACUGUUCUUGAAUACUAUCUACAUUCACACUGUUCUAGAAUACUUUCUGCAUUCACGCUGUUCUAGAGUAUUCGCCCCAUUCACACUGUUCUAGAAUAUUCUCCCUGUUCACACUGUUCUAGAAUAUUCUUCCCACUUACACAGUUCUAGAAAUAUUCUUCUAAUGCACACUGUACUGUACAAUAUUCUAGAACCCUCCCUUCCCCAAAUUUGUUUUUCAGUUAAAGGUCCCCCAUUCACAUUUUUCUAGAAUAUUCUCCCCAUGCACUUUUCUAGAAUGUCCCACUUCAGACUGGUGCCCAACGUUCUCGUCAUUUACACAGUUCUUGAAUAUCCUUCUUGUUCACAGUGUUGUAGAAUGCCCAGAUCAUGCUGCUCUAGAAUAUUCUCUUUAUUCACACUGUUGUAGAAUAUUUUCCCCAUGCACAUUAUUCUAGAAUCUCCCCAUUGACACAGUUCUAGGAUUCCCCCCAUGCACACUUUUCUAGAGAAAUCUAGGAUUCUUCCCCAAAUUCAGUUUUCAUUUAGUGUUGUAAACGGUUGCCCAUUCCUCAGUGUCCAACAGUGUUCUUCCAAUUCUGAAUGUUCUAGAAUGUUCUCUCAUAUUCAAACUGUUCUAGAAUGCCCUCCCCCACCCCCCAUUUACGCUUUUCUAAAACAUUCUCUCUCAUUCACUUUGAUCUAGAUUUUCCCCCUCAUUAACACACUUCUAGAAUGUAGAAUCUAGAAUCUAUUUUUUUUGUGUUGUCAGGAAGUAGAUGGUGUUUGUUGGUUCUGGACGUGUUCUAGCCUUUAGACACUGAACAGCUGUGUUUCAGCUGCCGUUGCACUUCUUUGCUGUACCUUCACUGGUGACGCUCGUGCUCUCUGCUGCUUUUAUACACGACUGUUCCCUGUUACUGACUGUAACACUGACUGAAUAAAUGACUGGGGGACCUACCUACCCCAGGUGUUAUAUCUCACAGUGACCAAUAGGAGGAGCUCCAGCCUUUAGAGAAGCAGCCGUGUAUGAAAAUCAGAACCCACAUCACAGACUCAUGCAAAAGCUCAUUUGGCCCAGGGCAGAGUGUGCUGCAGGAUUUGACUGAUGCUCAUUAGUGUCUCAGUGUUCAAUAUUCCACAUUGUAAGGCGUUUACGCGGGUCAGCGGACAGCAGAGGUCAUUACUCAGCUCUGGUGGACUGGAAGGUUGUGAAUGGAGGGGAUGCUGUUGGAAUAGAGUGGGAAUGUCCCUGUUUCUCUCUGUUGUAAUUUAAUUUAUUGAAUGCUAUGCGAGACCUACCGAACGGUGUAAUCAAACCAGGAUGCCAACUGUUAACCAUCGUGCCUAACAGCAACGAGAAGUGGAGAACACCUUACUUUAGCUUUAGCUGAACAUGGAAACCACAUUCAGUGUAGUGCAAACAUGUGUCUGUGUGUUUUCUCACCACCAGAUUGUACUUUCUAUAAAGGCUAAAACUGAAACACUGCAAAAUACAGAAAAGAUGAGUCAGGAUUGCUGGCUAAUCCAAAUCAGUGUAUCAGUGUCCUGCUUUUUGAUAGUGUUAUUGCUGUUUUAUAACGUUUAACUGUCUUAUUCAGAUGCAUGCGGGUACUAGCUUUCAGUUUCUGUUAAAAACUACAUAAACUCCUACAUUAGUGCUCUAAUCUUACAAAUCCCUCUAGAAACUGAGCCAGAAAGGAAAGCAGGUGUGGUUAACUCACCUCAGAGGCUGACUGCAUUGAUGUCAGAUGUUCUCAGCAGAUCUUGUAAGAUCGUGUGAUGAAGAUCUGCUCCAUUGUUAAUGAGUUAAGGUGGUCAAGGUGAUUGUGAGAUAUCCAGUAAGACGAGGCUGUUGUUAGACUGGUCAUGCUGGUAGACCAGCUAGCUAAUCCAUCAAACUGAAGAGAAAAAAAACAAACACCAUUGUUUGUGCUGUUCUACCAGCUUAAAGAGCCACUAAAUCCUAAACCAUAUUUGUUUCCAUUAAUAGCUGUAAUGUGUUCCUUUCAAUUAAUGCUUACAAUUUUGUAAACCUCUCUUAAACUUAAACAAAAAAAACAUUGAUUUCUUUUGCAAUCUUUUCCGCUUCGGUAGCACCCUCUCAGGUUCAACUGUGCUAUAGGCAAGGAUGAUGUGUCCAUGUACUUUGUACUUUGCAGAUCAAUCAAUCAAUCAAUCAAUCAAUAAUACCACCCUCCUGCUGACGUCCAACCAUCUGGGUCUCACCGCUAUUAGAGGCACACUGCUGCUGCUGCUGCAGCUCAGCCAAUCAGCUGUCUCCCUCCUGCCCUCUAAACCCAUACAUCACUCUAAAACUAACCCCAUUUGUUUAGCAUUUUUUCAAAUUUGAGCUUAGGGUGGAGUUAAAAAAAAUAUAUAAAAAUAAAUAAAAAUCAUGGGGUUUAGUGGCCCUUUAAAUGGAAAUACUGCAUAACUCAACAUUUUAACCACUAAAGUGUAAACAGUCAUUUGCGGAAUUGGUGUGAAAUUGAAAAUAUGGAACUUGGAAUUUGUCUUAUUGAGUCGAAGUACAAUGUUAAUGUUGGGUUUAAGUUAAAAAAGCUAAAAAAAAAAAGAAGAGACAAAUAAAAAAGGAAGGUUUUUAAUUUAAUGUGAUUUAAUCACAUUAUGCACUGACAUGGCAAAAAUUAAAGAACAAGAACUGGUUCUCAUGUCCCAUAACUUUUGCCAUGUCCCAUGGCAUGUCUUUCACAGACAUACUGUAUUUAUUGUUUUUUUUAUUAAUUAUGCAUUUCUCCAACAAUAAUCAUUCAAAUCAUUCAUUUACUUCAUUUGAUAAAGGAAUUGUAACGAUUUUUACAGUCUAUUUCACAGCGCUGGGCAGAAACCUUCCAAAUGUAGAUGCUCCCACUGGUUGCCCAUGGCAACGUACCCCCUAACGGGUACUUUUGAGAUGUGCUGAGAGGCUGAAUGUACUCUUUAAAGCUGCAGAGAGAGAAUGGUUCCAUUCAGCAGCACUGAGCAAAUCUGAUCCGCUACAUUUCUCCAGAUAAGAGCAUUUCACACCAAAUCCACUCUCAAUGACUUUAUUUACAUCUUAACCAUUUCAUUAACCCAUAAGAGCCCAUGGUGACGAGUGUGUGACAGACCCUCUACAAAAUGCCUCCCCAGCAGUGUUUCUACAGGUCUGGUCCAACAAUUUGUACAAUUUACAUGCUUUAAUUAAAUGUUUUACAGUGUUUACAAUGUUUUUACCUUUUAAUUAGAUUUAUCGAACAAAAUGUUAAAAUACAAAUACAAAAAUUAUUGUUGUUUCAUCAGGAUUUUAACUUCUUUCCCAGCUAAGAGUAUAUCUGGUUAGUGGAACAUUUUCUGAACCCUACAGUUAACAUUCUUAAAACGUUUGAUCUGUCAAGUCAUGGAUGUUCUUAUUUAUUUAAAAAAGUUUUUUAUUUAACUUUUUUUUAUGUUCUAGUAACUUUGCUACACUGUAACUUGCACGUGGCAAUGUUUUAAUGUUACUUUUAACAUUUCCAUAAUGUUAUAUUCAUUUAGCUGCACAGGAAAUUUGGCAGUGUUAAAUCAACACUGUUAGUGUUAAAUCAACACUUAUUAGUGUUAAACUUUACACUCUCAGUGUUAAUUUAACACUAGCAGUGUUGAUUUAACAAUGGCAAAUUUCCUGUGUGGGAAUGUUACGUGAGAAACAUUUGAAUAACAAUUUAAUGCAAAUCAUUAUUAUGUUAAACGUUUCUUAAACAUUAUCAGAAUGUUCAAUCUGUCACAUUUUCUGGAUGUUCUUAAAACGUUUUUAGUUUAACAUUUUUAAAUGUUCUCGUAACUUUGAUACAACGUCACUUGCAUGUGGCAGUGAUUACAUUUUUAGUUUUAGGAAUGUUACUUUUAACAUUUCCAUAAUGUUAGCAUUAUUAUCUAUAUUAUUAUUAUUAUCUAGCUGGAAACUUUAUGUGAGAAUCAUUCUAAUAACUAUUUGAUGCAAAUUAUAAUUAUUUCAAACGUUCCGUAACGUUACAGGCUAACCUUUUGGAACAUUUCAAAACAUUUAUAAACAUUCUGGAUUAUCAAAAUGAGACAAAAAAAUUUAAUGAGCUGCUUAAAUAAUGUAACUGAUUCCAUUUUUAAUUUUGUAAUAAUCUCCAGAACUGGGUCUGGGCUCUUAUGGGUUAAUACAAAAAUGAUCUUUCCUUUAACCAGCUUGAUUUAACUUGGCCAUGCUUGUGUUUUAUUUUUAUCAGUAAGGAAGGUCUGCUGCUUGUGUAGAUGAUGUAAAAGAAGCGUGUAUUCCUACUAAAGCAAUUUUUUAAAAACUUGGCGUAAAUGUAAAGCUCUGACCUUAUCGCCAAAUGCUGCCAUGCUCGUCUCAGGACCAGACUACUGAACGCUGCUCUGAUUUGUAGGCCACUUUGCUGCGUCCGUAUUAGAACCAAUAGCACGGCUGCAUAGGCAGCAUCAGACUUCAUCGUUUUUUUAUUCUCUGUAAAAUGCAACAGGCAUUGUGAUGUCUGAGGUCACUGAAUGUUUACUUCGCUCACAUUACAGACAAAAAAAAUCCUAAGAAAAGAAUGAUCUGUGCUGUAUUUCACUCACCACUGCACACCUGCGUUUGCUGACCUUCUGUAAUCUGUAAUGUCGCUCAGCUGUACGGAAAAACAAAAAAGACAAACAUUUAAAGCAAAACUGAGGUAAACAACGGUAAAAUAUUCAGAAAUGCCAAGGCAAAUACAGUACAUAAAAUAUAUGUUUGAUUUGUUUUUUUUUUCUAGAUACCAUGUUGUUGCCACUCUUUGUGGUGCAAAAAAAUGUUUGACAUUGUUGCAUCCAUCGUUUGGACUGAUUUACCCAUUGUUUAAAUCACGAGCUGUCCGGUAUAUAAAUGUAUACUAAGCAAUUCCAUUCACUUUUUGAAGAUUUCAAAUCUAAUUAAUGUAAAUGUAAAUAUUUUGCUGUAUACUUCAAUUUGCAAUAUUCCUAAAAAGACACCAGUGAGUGGGAAGAGAGUGUAAAAAGUUUGUUUUUAAUAAAUAUUCAAGUUUGCAAA